AUGGUGCAGUCAUCCGUCCUCGGCUUCCCGCGCAUGGGUCGCCUGCGUGACCUCAAGAAGGCCAACGAGGCGUACUGGGCCGACAAGCUCAGCCGCGACGAGCUGCUCGCCGAGGGCAAGCGCCUGCGUCUCGAGCACUGGAAGAUCCAGAAGGACGCCGGCGUCGAUGUCAUCCCCAGCAACGACUUCGCCUACUACGACCACGUCCUUGACCACAUCCAGCUCUUCAACGCCAUCCCCGAGCGCUACAGCAAGCACAACCUGCACAAGCUCGACGAGUACUUCGCCAUGGGCCGUGGUAUCCAGAAGGACAACGUCGACGUCCCCUCGCUCGAGAUGGUCAAGUGGUUUGACUCCAACUACCACUACGUCAAGCCCACCCUCCAGGACGGCCAGACCUUCAAGCUCUCCGAGAACCCCAAGCCUGUUGCUGAGUUCCUCGAGGCCAAGGAGGCCGGCAUUGUGACCCGCCCUGUGCUCCUCGGCCCCGUCUCUUUCCUCCACCUCGGAAAGGCGGACCGCAACCAGACCGUCGACCCCAUCACUCUCCUCGAGAAGCUGCUCCCCGUCUACGAGGAGCUGCUCACCAAGCUAAAGGAGGCCGGUGCCGAGACUGUCCAGAUCGACGAGCCAGUCCUCGUCUUCGAUCUCCCAGCCAAGACCCGCCAGGCCUUCAAGCCCGCCUACGAGAAGCUCACCGCUCUCCAGGGCAAGGCCGGCCCUCAGCUCGUCCUCGCCACCUACUUCGGUGACAUUGUCCACAACUUCGAUGUCAUCGACUCUGCCCUGACCGGCACCUACGCCCUCCACGUCGACCUGGUCCGCCACCCAGAACAGCUCGAGAAGGUCAUUGAGCACCUCGGCCCCAAGCAGAUCCUGUCUGCCGGUGUUGUUGACGGCCGUAACAUCUGGAAGACCAAGUUCCAGCGUGCCAUUGAGAUUGUCGAGACCGCCAUCCAGAAGCUCGGCAAGGAGCGUGUCAUCGUCGCCACCUCCAGCUCCCUCCUCCACACCCCACACACCCUCGAGAGCGAGAAGAACCUCGACGAGGAGGUCCGCGACUGGUUCUCCUUCGCCAAGGAGAAGGCCGCUGAAGUCGCCAUCCUCGCCAAGGCCGUCACCAACGGCCCAGACUCCGUCAAGGCCGAGCUCGAGGCCAACGCAAAGAGCAUGCAGUCACGUGCCACCUCCAAGAGAACCAACAACCCAGACGUCAAGAAGCGUGUCGACGCCGUCCAGAAGGCCGACUACGAGCGCAAGAACGCCUUCCCAACCCGUUACGAAGCCCAGAAGAAGCACCUCAAGCUUCCCGAGUUCCCAACCACCACCAUCGGCUCCUUCCCCCAGACCAAGGACAUCCGUAUCCAGCGUAACAAGUUCGCCAAGGGCGAGAUCACCGCCCAGGAGUACGAGAAGUUCAUCGAGAAGGAGAUCCUCGACUGCAUCGCCAUCCAGGAGGAGCUCGGCCUCGACGUCUACGUCCACGGCGAGCCAGAGCGUAACGACAUGGUUCAGUACUUUGGUGAGCAGCUUGACGGCUAUGUCUUCACCACCCACGCCUGGGUCCAGUCCUACGGCUCCCGCUGCGUGCGUCCACCAAUCCUUGUUGGUGACGUCUCUCGCCCCAAGGCCAUGACGGUCAAGGAGAGCAAGUUCGCCGCCGAGAACAGCAAGAAGCCCAUGAAGGGUAUGCUUACUGGCCCAAUCACCUGCCUGCGAUGGUCGUUCCCCCGUGACGACGUUCACCAGUCGAUCCAGGCUCAGCAGCUCGCCCUCGCCCUCCGUGACGAGGUCGUCGACCUCGAGAAGGCCGGCAUCUACGUCAUCCAGGUUGACGAGCCAGCUCUCCGUGAGGGUCUGCCACUCCGUGCCGGCUCUGAGCGUGAGAAGUACCUCAGCUGGGCUGUCGACAGCUUCAAGCUCUCCACCGCCGGUGUUGAGGACUCCACCCAGAUCCACUCCCACUUCUGCUACUCCGAGUUCCAGGACUUCUUCCACGCCAUCGCCGCUCUCGACGCUGACGUCCUCUCCAUCGAGAACAGCAAGUCUGACGCCAAGCUCCUCAAGGUCUUCAUCGACGAGGCCUACCCACGCCACAUCGGCCCCGGUGUCUACGACAUUCACAGCCCACGUGUCCCAAGCGAGCAAGAGAUCAAGGACCGCAUCGAGGAGAUGCUCCAGUACCUCAAGCCUGACCAGCUCUGGGUCAACCCCGACUGCGGUCUCAAGACCCGCCAGUGGAAGGAGACCAAGGCUGCGCUCAGCAACAUGGUGUCUGCCGCUCAGUACUUCCGCCAGAAGUACCAGAAGUAG